ACUUCUCGGGAGAGAGAACUAUUCAUUGACUUCCAACUCAACAGCGACAAGAAGGGAAAAUUCAAAGCUGACUUAUUGCAGGGAGCUUGACAUUUUAGCUCACGAUAGAAAGCGAAGAGAAACCGGGCCAGCUGCCUAUAUGGUGUUCGCACUCGCAGCUUUUCGACAAUGUCGAAUUUACACCUUCAACCGGUGAACGAGCGACAAGGGCGACGUUAUUCCUAUCUUAACACCCCAGCAGAGUACCAAGCGCCGACCUUCCCGCCUCGCAACCCAGAAAAACCGGACAAUGCCGUUGGCCCUCCGAUCCAAAGCGACAGGGUAUCGUCGCCAGGGCCUCAGAACCCCUAUGCGUUCUCAUAUACGGUGACCGGCGCGAUAAGUCCACCGCCGCAAACGACGGCUCAUACGGUCCCGUACAUCCAACCUCAAAUGAAUCCCACUCCACCUCCUUUAUCAGAACAUCCUGCGCGAUUUGCUCCUUACGCAGAUUCUCCCACGUCCCCUACACGGCAAACGCAGCAACCAGAGCAACCGCAACGGCUUCAAUACUACAGCCCUUCACCUGCGUCUCCCGGCCCCAUUCCGCCCAAGCAAAUGCUUCAGCCGGAUAUGCAACAACAACGACCCCCGCAGAAGGAGUACAGUGUUGCUCCAGAUAGCAAUCCACUAGCUCCACCGGAUCCAGCGCUUACCCCUAAGCCCAGCUCGAUAUCGGCCGCUGGAUCACAGCUGGGGACAAGGACCACAGCACGCGAUUUGAAUCAUGCCCCAGGUCAAGUCCUACAUCCGAGACAGGAGGUCAGAGGGGGAACAUGGAGCUAUGCUUUAUGUGACUGCAGAGACAUAGGAGUCUGCUGCACGGGUCUGUUUUGCCCAUGCAUUCUAUACGGCAGGACACAGUAUCGAUUGUCGAGGAAAUCCGACCAGAAGGAUCCCACGAAUUUAUUGGGUUACGAGACUUGCAAUGCUCAGUGUACUGCGAUGGGAUUGCUCUGUGGAUGUCAAUGGCUUUUAGCAACCAUUCAACAUAUUCGUGUUCGACGAGCAUAUGGUAUCUCCAGCGAUAUAGCAACCGACUGCGUGAGAGCAUCCUGCUGUACAUGCUGCACACUUAUCCAAGACGAGCGAGAAAUCAAAUAUCGGGAAGAGGCCGCACGGCUUACUGGCGGUGUGCCUGGGAGCACGGUUCCCGCCUAUACGACCCCCGGUCAAAUGAUAUUCAGUCCUCCGCCCCGAUGAAACAAACCUUCCGGUGAGGUUAACCAUAGUGAACAUCUUCCGUGUUUUGGUGAUCGUCACACAAGCAUACGAACGCUCUCAUUUAAUAGAUACUUAUGAUUCGAAUGAUAUACCCCCGGUCGAAACGGCGCUUGAAUGUACUAUACGCAUGAUUGUUGUAGCGAUUUGUUUCCGUGGUUCUCUCUUUCCUUUUCAUUUUUUUUUUUUUUUUUUUUUUUUGUGGGGGGUUUGUCCUCGGUCCGUUUUCGUGUUACGAGUCCCCCGAACAAAUGAGACCACAGGUCCGGAUGAAAGUGGCUGGAAGGGAGCACUUCAAAGUGAUUCGAUUCGAAUUCGAUUUGAACUGUUUAUCUGCGGAGGACCUCGCCUGGUGGGGUCGGAAGAACACGUUGAAGCGGCUGGAGAGGCACACUCCGUGAAUGGUGCCUAGACUUCUCAUGCUACAGCUUGCAAAAAUGUUCUUCAAGUUGUUCCUCAGCCCCCGCCGGGGAACAGGUAUUUGAGUUUCGGCCAGCCCACAAUCCUGACAUCGUAUGGAGUCUCUGUUCUUGUUUUACGCAUUUCCUUGGAUUCUCGAGCAUUCCUGCGUGCCUUUUUUGUAUUCGCUCCCUUUUUCGCUUGUUAUUUUCUUCACUGGACUAUAACUGGAUUCCUUGGAUGUGUAGAGAGCGAGUGCAGGCUAGUAUUACACCAUCGAGUUAAGGCUAGGGUAUGAACACCAUAAUUCAAGCAGAUUCAACCUGA